AUGGGGGUAUGGAGCAAAAAGACUUGGGGUAAAUUCAGAGACGGCACGACCACAACUGUGGCGGAACAACAGAAGCUCUGUGGUUUGUUGUUGGGUGCUGCCCUAUGGCUGAAUUUUGAAGACACAGCCAAAGGUGUUUUGGUGUUGGGGGUGGUUUGGGUGCUUUGUACAUUCAAGGGAGAGGGUGGUGAAAUUUUUGUGGUAAUCAAGGAAUGUGAAGAUUUGAAAGAUAGGUCUAGGGAACAGAGUUAA